AAUUGUGUCACAGGUAACUUUGACAGGCCAGUCAGGUGUAUAUGUCACUCCGCUGUAAAUACAUGGUCUGUCACGCUCUGUUAACUGUGUCAAAGUGCGUACAUCUUUCAACACUUUGCCAACCGGGCUUGUUAUAUGAUAUAUGUUAGUGGGCAAGUCGUGCAACGUUGAACAUUCUGGCACACCUGAGGAGGGUGUUACCUGUGAAACGGAAAAACUGCCUUUCCAGCGUCUGUGGAUGUUUACAUUACAUGUGAAGUCGUAGCGGCCGAACUUACCCCGUCGAUAAUUGCAGCUUUCUCCGGGUCUCUCGCAGUCGUUCUUAUCUUUACCACACAUCUCUAGUGAUCGGAUAUUAGGUGCUUAUCUAGGAUGGAAACCUGUUGACCAGGUCUGAACGUGAUACCUUCACAUUGCAGUAUUUCUGCACAGGAUGAUGAUAAGUGCAACCCUCAGGAUGGUUGAAAUUCCUUUAUUGACGUGCAUUAUUGCAGCUGUUCUUACCUCAGUAUCCGGGGUUCCAACCAUGCUGACUCCACCAGGGACCGUGACAGGAACUGUCGGAGGGACUGCCAUUCUGAAGUGUCAAGUCCAAGACUUGGGAGAAGCCACGAUUAACUGGUUAUUUGUGGAACACAAUACUCAAAUAUCUCAAGGAAGGACUGUCCUGGUUACAAUGCAAGGGAAAUACGGGUUUUUAUCUCCUAUUGACAAUUCAGCAGCUCGGCAGUUGAAUCUCCAGAUAACAGAUUUGAAGAUAACAGACGCCGGCCAAUAUCGGUGUUACGUGAGUGGGACAACCAGUAAGGUGGCAGUGAUUCAGAAACUUCAAGUGCAAGGUGCACCUUACCUGCCAAAAAUCACUCCAGAGCCAGCAAACUUCACAGAUUGUUGUGUCCAACAGAACGUGUCCGCGUCCUGCCUGCCCGCCUGCACACCUGGCGUUGUCAGUCAGGCCUCGUUGAACCCACUCCAGGCGUGUCCCCUUGACCUAAACAAGCUGCUACACUGCUUCUCCGAUUCGCGGAACCAUGCCAGCUGCUGUCACCGUCGCCUCAUCCCUGACAUCUGCACUGACUUCUGCAUGAACAACCCCCCUCCACUCACUGUCAGCCACCUGGUGUGCCUCAACAUGACCACCGAUAUCAUCUCUUGCUUUGAAGAAGGACAAGUUUUGCUGCCUGGUCCACCAACAGAGGUCUCUGUGCUGUCACUUCCUAUCAACAUCAUUCUGGUCAACUGGCAUCCUACCACUAAAAACCCUUCUGUUGUGACAAACUACAGGGUGUCCUACAAGCUGACGUCGUCAGAGGUUUAUAUGUCAUCUGGGUUGAUUUCUGCUAACGCCACCCAGUACACCCUGAUGGGCCUGGAGGGGGACAAGGAGUAUGUGAUCUAUGUGACAGCCAUUGGUCAGUACGGGUCCAGUCAGCCCUCCGAGAGACAUGUGACCACGACCAGCAUGGGUACACCCACCACCAAUCAGUCGGCUGAUAUCAAUGCCUGUUGCCAGAAUCGCGGUGUCUCGACGUACUGUCAGGUCAAACUCUGUCAGUCUUCCACCUGGCGCAUGCUCAACCCAGACUCGCUCUCCCAGUGUUACUCCCAGCUUGACAACAUCUUCCAUUGUCUGGCAGGAGGACGUAACCACACCCCGUGUUGUAUGAGUAACAAAGUCCCAGAUGUGUGUCUUGGACUCUGCAGUGGGUCGCCCCCACCCCUCUCCUGGAACCACACCCAUUGUGUCCUUCAUAUGCACAUCAUAAAUGCCUGUGUACAGCAGGGAUACAGUAACUUGCCAAGUGCUCCCCGCUUCGUGGCUUUGAAGUCUGUGACAAGUUCCACUGCUGAAAUAGAGUGGUCUGCCCCUUUAGGGUCGGCCGUUGUCAAGAAUUACCUCGUCCAGACGAAAGAAAUUGGAGUUGAAGCGGACUUUGGUCAUACGGAGGAGGUCAUGCAGAUGGUGGUGAAAUUGACCAACCUUAAGGCAAACACAGAAUAUGCGGCCCGUGUCAUCGCUGUUGGCGAAACUGACAGCAGUCUCCCAUCAGAGACUGUUGUUUUCUUCACUUACUCAGUUAUCCCGCCACCUGAUACAAGUGUAGCAACAAUACACAAUUUUUCUGCCUGCUGCAUCGACAACAACGUCCAGUCCAGCUGCCAGCCUGCUUGUACCUACGACACAAGAUCUAUCCUUGACUUCUAUGGGCAGAUAGACAAAUCGAUCGCAUGUGUUGGGUCUCUGAAGUCCAUUCUUACCUGUGCCUCAGAUGGUCGGGAUCAUGUGAACUGUUGUAAGCAGCGUUAUGUGAGUGACGUGUGUCACAUGUUCUGUAACUACACAGACUCCUCACCCCCACUGGACUUCAGCCACGUGACGUGUCUCGCCCAGAUGGACCUCAUCAUCCAGUGUUACACAGAGGGAGUGUUGUACCUACCCAAGCAUCCCGUCAAGGUGGAAGUUGUCAACAAAACCAAAAACACGGUGAUUGUGGCUUGGGAGAGGGCGCAAACUGGACCCAGUGUGGACUACUACACCGUUGCCUACACACCAGACCUCCUCACUUGGACCAGGGAAAAUGUUACAUCCACUUCAUAUAUCCUGCAAAACCUCGACCCUGGCACCAUGUACACAAUUGAGAUUAUCUCCGUAAAUGACAACGGCACCAGCCCCCCCAGCAACAGGGUCAGCGUGUACACCGACACUGGAGCAGUGCUUCCUCCCCUGGUCAUCAAUGGUACUGUUGUUGACGGAAGAGUCAUCUGGGCGGAUAAAUCAGAGUGUUGUUUUAGGAACAACAUAUCGUCGUCUUGCACUGCUCUAUGUACAGGCCAGGCCAAUGACACGUAUGAAAUGUGUUUCGACGACAUCGCCAUCAUACUUGCAUGUGCCUCAGAUGGCAGGGAUCAUCGGCCAUGUUGUCAACAGAUUGGGGUUCCAUCAAGUUGUCUGUCCUUCUGUCAAGGUCAUAUCACCGGGAAGAACUUUGUGACUGCUGCAUGCAUUGCUUGGACAAACCACAUUACAGGCUGUACCUUGGAUGGAGCAAGGGUGGUGCCAUCGGAACCACAAAACAUGACUGCUGAGCUUGUUUCUAGUGGAGUGAUAAAGAUAACGUGGAAGCCUGCAGCGCAGAACUGUGCCAACAACAGCUGCCGCUACAGCGUCCAUUACUGGGAAGGUGAUCCCUACAGGUGGGGUGGGCCGGGAUCCACAAGCAAAGAGAAUGUCCAGAGUCCCUACAACCUGAGGGGCCUGGAGACCAACAAGUUUUACCGUGUGUCAGUAUCAGCACAGAACCAGUAUGGCGCCAGUCGACUGGCCCCGCCUCAGACCGUCUUUACAAAUGACUAUGGAAUACAAGACAUAAGCAUCAGUGUGAGUCCUGAUGGAGUUGUGGAUGUGGGUGAUCCCGUGAAGAUGUUCUGUGAUGUCAUCGCUGACCCCACCGCAAACAUCACCUGGACGAAGGACAGGAAGGUGGUUGGUACUGCAAGGAGGCUGGCUCUAAGAUCCAUCAAGGAAGCUGACAGUGGCUCGUAUACAUGCACCGCAUCCAACAGGGCUGAAUCAAAAUCACUCACAGUUCACUUGUCCGUCAGAUUUAAGCCCAAGGUUGUUGAAAACCGAGAUGACACUGUGGCUCCAAAAGAGAAUCUAACAGCAGUGAUAUCUUGUUGGUUUUCUGGCUUCCCUGAUGUUAACAGCAUAAAAUGGAAGAAAAACAACAAGAUCUUUAGAGCUUCUUUACCCAAGGUGAAGGCGUAUAAUGAAGUCAGAGGUCACACAGGAAUAACAGUGGCACAGCUACGGAUCAAGGACGUUGUUGGCGGAGACUAUGGUGAUUACAUCUGCUCCGCAAGUAAUAAGUAUGGGUCUGCCACUGGAGCUGUGAAACUGAUAGAUCCAUUUGCUCCGACCCGUCUGCAACCGGCCAACAGAGUGACCAAUGUCACAGCUUGCUGUAUACAGAAGAAGAUUGACCCUGACUGCAUGGUAGCAUGUUCCUUUGACGUGGACAUUGCCGCCAUCAUCAACAGACCAAACCUGUUCAAGUGUCUGAACUUUCUUCCCACUUUUGUACAGUGUGCAGCAGAUGGAAGUGAUCAUAGUCAGUGCUGUGAGAAUGAGGGCGUGGCACCCUACUGUCUACCAUUCUGUUCCGGCAAUACUCCAGGGACUGGGAACCCUUUGAGUGAUCCAAAAAUGCUACAGUGUAUUGACCACUCGGACAAGAUCAUUGGCUGUAUGGAAGAAAACAAAAAUAACCUCCCAGAUGCCCCGGUGAUGCAUGCUAAGAUCAAGGACAACAACAUUGAAGUCAGUUGGGACAGACCAACGAAGAAUGGCCAGAAAGUGAAGCAGUACCUGGUGCAUGUACAGGAAGGGAGCGUCAAGAGGGAGCCACACAUUGUGUCCAAGAACUUUUACACUUACACCGUGACCAACAUCAAGGCCUACGUCAACUACACUGUGUGGGUCGUGGCAUCCAAUGACUUUGGUACAAGCCAAACAUCGCAGAUCAGAAACAUAUAUGUGGGAGGCCUGCCGCCCAAUCGCCCAUACGAUCUCGAAUUUGUCUCCUCAACGACCAGGCUGCAGUGGAAGGCUGCAAAAGAUGGCCCAGCUCAGUCAGGAUUUGUUGUGUUCUUCAAGAAAGAAACAGAAUCCACUUAUACUCAGAUCCAUACCAACAACCUAAAUGUCCCUUUCGAGCAGCAACUGGACCUCAACACAGACUAUGAGGCAUAUGUGAAGGCACGGAAUCCAGCUGGUUACAGCAGUGUUUCAAAUACUGUCAGGUUUAACAUUGGAGGAUCCGCUGACGUCUCCCCACUCACGAAAACGUCCGGUCCUUCUGGGGCGCAAGUUGGGUUGGGCGUUGGACUCACCAUCGUCGUCAUAGCAAUCAUCAUUGUUGUGCUGCUCAUCGUUUAUUUGAAGUUGCGCCAAAACAAGAACAAUGCAGCAGCAGAGGCUGUGACAUUUGAGAAUCCAUCCUACGGACGCAGCCAGAUACAGAUAUCCGGUCUGCCUGCAGAGGUAAUGCAGCCAUCCAACCAGUUUUCCUACGGGCGUCUAGACGAGGACUACACAAAUACAGAGAAAGUUGUUCAAAUGGAGAACCCAUAUUCAAGUCUGGACCAAGAUGGCCGCCCAGAGGUGAACGGCAACAAUCCGGCCACCCUUCCUGUUACAACUGAUGAAAUACAAAUACAGACACCUAGCAAAACUGAAUCAUCAACAUGAGAACAUUUGAUUGGCUAUGCAUGGAUGUUGACUGAUUGCGUGGUGUGAGUUGACAUCUUCCAUACACUCUAGAAGAUGAAGCUGUUUGUGACAAAUUUUAUUGAAUGACUGAGAAAUGUUUUUACAUUCUAUUGAAAUUUUAGCACAUAAUUAUUUUUGUUUACAGUUCUUGAAGAUUCUGUAUCUAGAAUGUUCAAAUUUGCUUUUGAUGGAACAUUCUUCUUGUAGAGGAAUAACAAAAAGGACAAAUCAAGUGCUACCAUGUAUAAAUAUUGGCAAAUGAUCAAAUAGCAAUAUUGCUGUAUAGUUUGUAUUUUGAUGACAGCAUCUCUUUGUGUUUACAAUCAUAAGCUCAUCUUCAUGUAUGUCUGCACAUAUUUUGCAAAAUAUUUUUACCUGGUUUAUGACCUCCCCAAAUGACGAUGUCUUGCAUGACUUAAAGAACAUUCCAAACUCAGAUGGAAAUAUUUAUACACAAGACGAAUUUAAAAUGGGGGAUAUAUGGUAUUGGCAGGUUCUACACACAAAAAACGUUUUGUGCUCCUGUUCAUGAAUUAAUAAAAGUUUUAUAUAGAAAAUAUUAGGCACUCAUCGCUUGCCCAUGUUAGGGAGUUCCUUGGGGAAGAAUGGAAACUUGAUAUACUGUUUUGACUAGUUUCCUAUAUACUAGUAUAUCAUUAUUCCUGCGAGUGCUGAGAAAAGGUUUCUUGAAGUAUAUUUCUUGUUUCUCAUGACCUAUUUUUUUUAUGUUUAAUCAUUGUUAAGAAACUACUUUUUCAACUUGAAUUUCAUAUUAUCAUCAGGUUUGCAGGUCAUGCAUUCAUAGUUGGUCCCCAUCUUUUCAUACUUUGAGCCAGAAUAGGUCGCAGGAAUUUAUAAACUAAUCACUUUGUUAUGGAUAUGUCUUUUAGGUCUGUGUGCAAAAACAUUUUUGACAGCUCGCCUGUUUCGGUUUCGGGAUGUCACUUUAGAAAUAUUUCUCAGAGGCAACAGUGUCAGAGGAUGAUGUUGCCUUGAAGGAAGAGUGGUGCUUGUGUUCAUACAUUACUUGUCUCACAAAGCUCUGUAGCAUUGCAUAAUCCGAUCCUGUGUAACCUAGACCACCAAGGACAAUGUCAGCCACAGCACUUCAGAUACUAGUGACACUGAAACUAUUUGAACAGUGGCAUCAUGAAUGAAACUUACAGAAUCACUGAACUCAAUAUAAGUCAUGUCCAAAAUUCAAUCUAGGUCAUGUCUGAACUCAAUCUAGCUCAGGGCUGAUUUCAAUGUAGGUUAUGUCUGGACACAAUCUGGGUCAUGUCUGAACUCAGUCUGGGCCAUGUCUGAACUCACUCUGGAUCAUGUCUGAACUCAGUCUGGGUCAUGUCUUAAGUAGGGGGGGUGGCAAGAUGUGAAACAUGUCAGGUUCAAAAUAAGUGAAGAAAAUAUGAUUUCACCCACCACUGAGUGUCCUAACCAGCUUGGAUGUAACCACAUCAAACGCAACACAAUCUUGGAAAUUAUGCUUAUUGUGCAUGAUCAAGUGUCACAACAGUCAUAGUACCAGUAGUGCUUCCAGAUGUUUCUUACAUAGAUUGUUUUUAGAUAAUGAUCCGAUUUUGUUAUAUUAAUAUACAACUUAUUUUGCUUUUACAUAACUUUUAACAAUAAAUAUUGAUGCUAAUUAUAACCAGUGAAAACAGUGUCAUGCUGUUUGAAGUGUCAUUUUUACCUGUGAACUAAAUUAUCUAAAGGUUCAAUUAUGUUCAUUGCUGAGAAGCUUGUUAAUAUAGGCAAUCUCCUGAUGUUCAAACUCUUCCAGCUCUACAAGUCAGCCCAGAUCUCGGCUUCCUGCAUCUUCCCGAGGGAAGAGAGUUAACUGACUUCACCAUUGUAAUGUUUUCAUUUCCUGCUUUUUUUAUGAACAUGUUUGUUACAAUGUAUAGUCAGGGUGAACUAUGUAAACCACAUGUCAGUGCCAACCAUAUGUAAACUUGGUGCACUUACACACAGUUAAACCAGAGGUCAUUCACUCACUCUUUAUUUUUAUAAGGCUUGUGCUCAGUUGGAUGAAGGGACUUUUGCUACAGAAUUGGAUGGGAGGGGGAGACAACUCAUGCAUGCCUCAAAGAUGACCCUUCCCUAAAGCCAAUCCAUUUGUUUUUAAAUCUUCCCAAAAGCAGUUUCAUGACAGCCAUUAUGAUACUAAAGUAGUUCCCUGUUGUGUAAACCAUAGAAAUAAUAUUUCAUGAAUAUAUUCCAGUAAACGUCCUCGUAAGAUUCUUCUCCAGAAUCUUGCCUAACAGACCCUGAUAUGUACGACAUGCAGUCCCUGAAAUGUCAUUUCUCUUUUCAAACUAUACUUGGGUAAUGCAUUUUCUGCAUGCUCUACUGCACCUCACAAUAUCACAGUACCCGGUAUGUCUCUAUCUUUUUUCACAUUUAUUUUACAAGGAAUUAUUUUGUUUGUCAAUUUUUUUAUGUACCGAUACGAUGAAUGUGACAUUAUUGUUUUGAAUCUCAUGUAUUCUAUUUUGCUGCUUUCGAGCAUUUAAUACAUAGCAAUACAGUUUUUACCUGACACAAACCGUUGUGAUGCUUGCAUCAACUUUUUACUGAUCUGACUGCAAUACAAACUUAGCCUAACCUUGGAGCUUGGAGCUCGAGUCCUCCCUCAGUCUCAAUACUUUCUACUUUUAUCUAUGAUGUUAAUACUCAGUGUAUUUACAAAGUUAUAUUUUUGAUUAUGCAGAAUCUCUCAUAACUUAUAGUUCUAGUUGUAGUAGAUAACUUAUGCAAUUUCAUUUUGUAAUCUUAUGAAUAGUUUGUGUGAAUAAUAUCUUACAGAUGUGAUAUAUUCACUGUACAUAUAUAGGGGUGCAACGAUAUGAUACGUAUCUCGAUACACUGGUCACAUAAUGAUAUGUAUCUCGAUACACUGGUCACAUGAUGAUAUCUAUCUCAAUAUGUCAGUAUAACAAUACAAACACAUGAAAUUGAAAAGUUUGUUUUUUUAUUUCUUAAAGAAGACAUAAAGUCACUUACAUGACACUCAACUGAUCUUGUAGCAGAAACAGUGAGAAAAUCCUCUUAUAUCUGUCCCGAAAUACAGGUCCGUUUGUAUCUUGUUUUGUAUCAAAGAUCGUGUUUCGGUGUAUCGUUUCACCCUUAGCGAUAUACUCACUGUACAGAUGUGACAGGAUCAUUGUAAAGAUUUGAUGUUUUCACCAUACAGAUGGGAUAUAUUCAAUGUACAAAUUUGAUGUAUUCACCAUACAGAUGGGAUAUAUUCACUGUACAAAUGUGAUAUAUUCACUGCACUGAUCCAAUAUAUUUACUGCACAAGUGUAAUAUAUUCAUUUUAUUGACUUUAUUUUUAAAUGCUUCUCAUCUUGACAUUUAAUUCUCUCUAUAAAAGCACAUGUGAUGUAUAUUUUGACCUUCAUGGAAAGGUGAGUGACUUCAUAGAUUGAAUAUAUAUUCGUCCAUUAGAUGUAGAGUAUUAUUUUCCUGAUUAAUUAAUCAUUUCAGACAAAAACAAUUCUUUGGGAUUUGUCAUUUUAUGAGUUAAUGUUAUCAUCUGAUGUUAUCGAAGAUGUGAUUUUAUCCUGUGUUGUGUACAUAUUUUCUUUUUCUAAUUCAGUGGUCAUCAAAUUGUACAUUUACUUCUGUAUCAUCAUUUAUGAAUGCUAAAUUCUAAAUCUUUGGAUAUCUUUUUCUUUCACAUACUUACAAUGUUACUUACACAGUAACAACAAAAUAAUAUUCUGAAAAAGGUUUUGUACCUUUACAACAUAGCAAGUCUGUACUCUGAUCAUAGGUGAUUUAUUACUGCCAAUGCAGCUGACCUGACUACAUGUGAAUACAAUUCCUGUUCUUUGCCAAAAUAGGACCAGCCAUGUUCAUUUCUUGUUUUAAGAGGACUUUGCCCUGAACUUUGCAUUAGUAAAAACAAAUACAAAUGCUGUUAUUGACAAAUUUUUGUUUUAGUUUUUAUCUAAAAAAAAUGUUUCUCUGUGCAGAGUUGCCUCCCUUACCAGGGUAAUCCACAAGCUCCUCACAGCGACAUCCCAUUCGUGGAGGUCUUUAUACUAUCGCUGCCACCAAUCAAAGCUCCCCACUGUUAAAGGUGGCUACAACCAUGCUUGAAGUUGAACUCACAGCCGACUGACCGUUAUGUUUACAAACAAGUGAUGACUGCCGUGAGGCAAAAUACUCUUACCCCUGCUAAAUUAUUUUCUUUGUUUGUCAAUUUGAAUUUGUUUAAUUACAACUCUCAUGUAAUUGAUAUAGUAAUUUAUAUUAGUAUAGUAAUGUAAGGGGGGAAGUUGAUUGAUUUUCUAAUCGUCUGCAAUCUUGAACAAACCAAGUUCCACUUGGUGAUUAGCAAUUUGAGAAUAAAUAACAUGUCCAAUGCAAUAAUAUGCAAGUUCCAUGUAUAAAUGGUAGCAUACACUUGUGCCUUGUGAAUAUCUCAGAGUCUAACAUGUACAGCCGACAGUCACCUGCUUCCAUAGUCUGACACAAAUCAGAAAAUGUCACUGUGGUACCUUACUUGUGAUUCCUUUGUUUUAAUGUUGGUUUCCCAUGAUUACUAUGUUGUGAAUAUGAGAUCUGUGUGCAGUGCUUAUUGCAUCAAUAUCACUUUUGUGAACUUGUCUUUAAUAUAUACAUGUACAAACAUAGUAAUUUCAAAAUCAAAUAUUGAUUCCUUAAAAAAAAAGACAGCCCCAGGCUUAAAGGCAUAAAAAAUACCUCAACAAUUAGGGAUUAUGAAAACACUAGCUGUUGAGAUAUUCAUAUUCUUUAACCAAUUUGGGAGUGUUAUACAAAAAGGGGUCAUUAUGGUUGAUGUCUCUAACGUAAACUCAUGGAUACCAAACCGUAUUAGGACCUAGCACUAGUACUAUUGUCACAACCAACAGCAUUCAUAGGACCAGAAAAGUUUUAUGCCUUACUUAUAUUUUUCAUAAUAUAGACAGGUGACUUAAAUGAAUAGGUUUCUAUGACAUCGUAGCCCCCAAAAUAAAUGUUGAAACCUGUAUGAUGGCUCUUGAAUCUUAAAAACCUUUUCAACCCACUUUAUUAAUUAUCAAACAAAUAACUCAGGUUAUUAAUUUUUUACACCUGAUUUCAUUUUAUGAAUAGCACAUUUUCUCAAUGUAAUAUAUUAUCAUUAAGGGGGAGAGAAAGGGUAAGUUCAGAAUCUCUAUUGACAUAUUGCUCAAUGGAAACUUUACAAAAGAGUUUUGACAAAUAUUGACUUUCAGAAUAACCUGAAGCAAAUGCCAUUGUUUUAUGUACAUGUGUGACAGCAACCAAACAUUCCAUUUCAAUGAAUAAACUAUUUUAUCAGAAA